AUUGAUUACAGCCGUUUUCGAAUAAAUGUAUUAUAUUUUUACCAUUUUAUAUCUGAUCGAUGAAGCUGCACCAUAUUAUGUAGCCAUGCUCAUUCGAGAUAGACGUGCUUUAAGUACCAUGAUUUUGAAAUAUCAAUCACAUAUCCGAUCAACCAUAUUUGUUAAAAAGUUUGAUAAUAAAUAAGGACACAGGACAUUUCAUACAAUUUAUCAACCAGGUUGCAUAGUUAAAUAUGUGUUUUCAUUCAAUACAGUGAAUAUCAGCGAAGUACACUGUCAAUAUAAUGACGAAUAAAACUGGCCAAUGAAGUUGUCCAGAGCCUUUUAAAUCCUUACAAUACAUUAACCCUAUAUCAACAAAAAAAUCAAAGUUUAUUGUUGAUAUUUGAGGGGAGCUGGAGUUUUUAUGAUGACCUAUAUUUUGUAACUGGUGUGGAGAAAGUUAUUUACCUAGAGCUGAUUUCAACUCAUGUGACGAUGUAAUUAGCUUUCAGAUCUCAGACAAGGCAUUGUCACAGAAAUAAACUGUUAAUGCAAAGUUCACUGGGUCUUCGAUAUCCACGAUGUCUUUCUUAUCAUCAUUUCUUCUGGAUUUGGCCGCAAAUUUGGGAACAACAAAUACUACAGAAACUGAAACUGACACCACAGAGACUUGUAACAGUGACGUGGCGGGCGGAUAUGUAUACAACUACUUUGUCAUUCCGGCUGUGUUGGAGAUACUGUUUCUCGCAUUUACAAUAAGGAGGAAACACAGAAAACUAGAAUGUUGUGGAGGAAAACCAGGUUUAGUAAGCCCCAUGGAUGUGUUUGCUAUGGAACACAGAAUUUCGUACAUGGCAGCAUUUGGCUCAAUAGCGUUCCUCUGUAGUGAGAUCGUACUGGAAUCGAAAUACGUCAUAGAGUACAACGGUCCAGGCGGAUAUAGAGUAUUCGUAAUCAUCCUCUCCGUCAUCGUAUAUGGAAUAGCAUGCUUUCCUCUUUUCGCCUCUCUUUCCCUCCGGACCGUAUUUAGUUACGGCUUUGGUACGCUCCAUGUGUGGACAUUCAUGGUGAUAGCGUACUACGAAGCAUUUGUAUGUAGCAACGAAUAUGGAGCGACAUUCACUGUCUUAUUAUUGCUGCGGAUCCUGCCCAAACUUGUCUGUCUCACGUACCUGUCCAUAGUGCUACCCGUCCGCUUCAUAAAGACAUUACAGGAAUUCAUAGUAAAACCAACAUCCGUGGAGGAUAUGAAGGUUAUUAGUCAGGAGGACAAGCUAACAGAUCUUAGAAAGUCGAUACUGGGAAGACAUAUUCAGAAAAACUUCGUUUUGCCUCGACCCAAGAAAAUUGUUGUAGAACCAGGGAUCAAAGGGAAAAUAAAGUCAAUUCUGAAACCUCUAGUGAAACCUUGGUUGUAUAAGAAAAAUCCAGAGUUCAAGUAUUCGACAAGAUUCCUCGCCACAGUGGGGGUCAGCUUCAUUUUGAUCUACAAGUUAACCGUGGAACUAUUGAUAUUUACCAUUCCAUUAAUUGACGAAUUCUUACAAUACCUUGUUGAUUUGCUGAGUACCAACCCAAGUGCUUCGCUCCAAGACACAAUAUAUAUUACCUACUAUCUGGUCGACGCUUACAGGUCCUGUAUAAUAGCAGCGACAGUCUUGGAGUGUGUCCUGGCUUCAUUGAUCCUUUUACAUAUCAUUUCUUCAUACAGAAAAUACCUACUAGCUCUACAUAAAGGAAUUAACUACCAUGUUCCGGCUCGAGAGGAGAAAACUAAUUCUUCAAUUCUGGUUGGCACGAUGAGAUAUAGCGGUUAUCAAGUCGGAUAUACCACAUGGUCAUACUUAAUCCAAUGGUUUCUCCUGCUGCUGUUUUGCAUGGCUUUCGCCACCGUCAUCAUUCUUUUUGAACAAGGAUAUGGAUACCUCAUAACAAACAUCAUCCUUGCCGUCUGGUCAAUCCCUGUUACUACGAUUGUAAUAAAUCUGGCACAGACCUGGAUAUCAAAGUUGGUAUUUCUUCAAGAAAAGGAUGAAGUGCUUGCCCUCGAUAACAGACGCGGUUUCUUCGUGUUUACGUACUUUAUGUUUUACUAUAAUAUUUUCCUUGGUCUCAUUUCCUGUCUGAUGAGGAUCAUUAAGUCCAUCAUACUAGGAGCUUUAUUCCUUGGCAGACUCGACCACUCGACACUCCCUAGGAGAUUUCAGUUGUUUGAUCCGGGUUUUGAUGCAUUUGUUGGAUUCCUUCAUAUGGAAAAUGCACAAAGACAUCCAGUUGUUCUGGCAUUCAUUUCAAUACUUCAAGUCUAUGCUCCGUCAUCCACGGAAAUGGCCAAGACACUGGAUUCAGAGAAAACCGAAAAAGCAAUGGAUUUUGUAGAACACGAAAGUAGACGAAAACGAAAGGUACAACAUCGAUGGCAUCUGGUUUACACAUUACAUAACAACCCUCAUUUGAGGUCGCUUCGGAAACAGGCUAUAAAAGCAUUCGAAGAGAAACUGGAAACAGAAGAAGAGUUGAGGAAAGCUAGAAAAAGGAAAGCUAAAUUAUCGAAAUAUGAGGAACCGGAAGUAGUUGUGAUCGACUCAACAGAAAAGAAAUUGGCUCUCAAUAACGAAAUUAGUAUGUCUACGUAAAACGCAGAACACAUAAGAUGAUGUUGUAUACAUUAAUAUAUGCUUUACCGCUGCCAUUUGUUGUUGAAUGUUUCGAUAUCUAAUUCCGAGAUCACAACUUAUCCUUUUUACUGUUGAAUUUUUCUUUUCGUGGGAUUACAGGAUUACAUUACAUGUAUAUCUGAAGUCAUUGGACGGUAGAUCAUGCUCAAAGAUUACAUCACACUGUGAUUUUGAGAGGUACCGGACACUUUGUGUAUACUCGAGGACAACUACGACAACAUUUCAGUUCGAACUUCGAAUGCAUUUAUCGGGAUCCUAGAACAGACACAUUGCUAUCUACUUCAUGGAUAGAUUUCCACUGUAAUACUCCGCUAUGAUAACUUCAGAGUUAGGAUACUCUUUUGUAAUUCGGUAAGCUUGUAAUUAUAUUCCUGUUUGUGAGUGUGUACCGGUAAAGAGUUUGUUAGAAAAGUAAUGACUGUAUGUACGCGAGUUGACUCUAUCGAAAAUGAUAUCAUUGUAAUGAUACGUCAGAUAUAAUUGUAUAUUACGUAAUAGAAUAGAUCAUGUUAAUAUA